AUGCCGAGUAUUAUAUUGGCAAGUGGUCACUCCUGGAAGCAGCAGAGGCGCUUUGGUAUAAUGACUCUACGUCUGGGAAUGGGGAAAAAAGGCCUGGAGUAUCAAGUGCAAGAGGAGGCCUCUCACCUGGUUGAGUUCUUUGUGAACCUAGAAGGAAGACCUGUGGAUCCUUCUUUCCCUCUUUUCCAUUCUAUUUCAAAUGUAAUUAGUGCUCUGGUUUUUGGAUAUCACUUCUCUGAUGAGGACAAAACCUUCCAUGAACUGAUCAGUGCCAUGGAGAAUUUACUCAGAUUUGCAGGAAGCUUUGUUCAUCAGCUGUACGAAAUCUUCCCCUGGCUGAUGUGCCGUCUUCCUGGUCCUCAUACGAAAGUGUUAUCUUGCUAUGAUGUCCUGAGUUCUUUUGCAAGGAAGAAGAUCAGAAGACAUGUGGAGAGAGGGAUACCAGAUGAACCACAGGAUUUCAUUGACUUUUACCUGCCUGAGAUGGAGAAAUCUAAAGAUGGGAUCAAGCCCAAGUAUGAUGAAGACAAUUUGGUAUAUGUUAUAAAUGAUCUUUUUCUCGGUGGAUCAGAGACCUCAAGCACAACAUUGUACUGGGGACUGCUCUAUAUGGUAGUGAACCCAGACAGCCAAGAGAAAGUGCAGAAGGAGCUGGAUGCUGUUUUGGGUCCUUCCCAGGUAAUUUGCUAUGAGGAUCGGAAACUGCCCUAUACAAAUGCUAUGGUUCAUGAGAUCCAACGCUUCAGCAACUUUGUCUUUGUUGGCAUGCUCAGGUGUGUGAGGGACACAAUAUUUCUAGGAUUCCCCAUCAAAAAGGGCACCAUCAUUAUGCCAAAUAUAACAUCUGUUCUGUACGACCCUGAGCAAUUGGAGACACCUCGACAGUUCAACCCUGGCCAUUUUCUGGAUAAAGAAGGAAACUUUGUACCUCGAGAAGCCUUCUUACCAUUCUCAGCAGGGCACUGUGUGUGUUUGGGGGAGCAUCUAGCAAGGACGGAGCUCUUUAUUUUCUUUGCCAGCCUGCUGCGGGCAUUCACCUUCCGGCUCCCUGAGGGGGUGGCAAAGAUCAACACAGGGCCCAUUUUUGGGGGUACGCUGCAGCCCCACCCAUACAGGGUUUGUGCCAUUCCAUGCUAG